AUGUCUGCCGCCCAGCUUUUAAACCCUAAGGCAGAAUCGCGCAGACGUGGAGAAGCGUUGAAGGUCAACAUUUCCGCAGGAGAAGGCUUGCAAGAUGUUUUGAAAUCGAAUCUUGGUCCUUCGGGGACCAUAAAAAUGCUGGUCGACGGUGCAGGGGCAAUCAAGCUCACGAAGGAUGGAAAUGUCCUGCUACGAGAGAUGCAGAUACAAAGUCCUACCGCAGUUAUGAUAGCUCGAGCAGCCACCGCCCAAGACGACAUAACGGGCGACGGCACAACAUCCGUCGUUCUCAUGGUUGGGGAGCUCUUGAAGCAAGCAGAUAGAUACAUAACCGAAGGCCUUCAUCCACGGAUGAUCACGGACGGCUACGAGAUAGCGAAGACCGAAACCCUCAAGUUUCUCGACAGCUUCAAGCUAAAGCGUGAGGUCGACCGUGAGCUUCUACUUUCCGUUGCUCGAACUUCUCUCGCAACUAAGCUGAAUAAUGCGCUCGCGGAACGACUGACGCCUGCAAUUGUCGAUGCUGUCCUUUCAAUUUAUCGGCCCCCAGCAAAGCCAGAUCUGUUUAUGGUAGAAAUCAUGCAGAUGCAACAUCGAAGUGCUUCUGAUACAACACUUAUAAAGGGACUGGCGCUCGAUCAUGGCGCAAGGCAUCCUGACAUGCCAAAGCGGGUCGAGAACGCGUUUAUACUCACCCUCAAUGUCAGUUUGGAAUACGAAAAGUCCGAAGUGAACUCUGGAUUCUAUUAUUCGAGUGCAGACCAAAGAGAAAAGCUUGUCGAGAGCGAACGAAGAUUCGUGGAUGACAAGCUCCGUAAGAUUGUUGACCUGAAGAAGGAGGUCUGCGGAAAUGAUCCCAAAAAGGGAUUUGUGGUCAUAAAUCAGAAAGGCAUUGAUCCACUCAGUCUUGACGUGCUUGUAAAGAACGGUAUAUUUGCACUCAGGCGGGCUAAGCGGAGGAACAUGGAACGACUUCAACUCAUUUGUGGAGGCGCAGCCAUGAACAGCGUGGAAGACCUAACACCAGAUGUUUUGGGCUGGGCAGGUCAAGUUUAUGAACAUCAACUCGGGGAGGAAAAAUAUACUUUUAUCGAAGAUGUCAAAGACCCCAAAUCGGUGACUCUACUCAUCAAAGGACCAAAUGCGCAUACCAUUAUGCAGAUCAAGGAUGCUGUACGUGACGGUCUAAGGAGUGCGUACAACAUGAUAAUCGACAAAAGCGUUGUUCCAGGAGCUGGCGCAUUUCAGAUAGCGUGCGCAGCACACUUACAUGGUGAGGCUUUCCGACGAGAAGUCAAAGGUAAGGCGAAGUAUGGUGUGUCCGCGUUCGCCGACGCGCUACUUAUUAUACCAAAGACUCUAGCCGCCAAUUCCGGGCACGAUAUACAGGAUAGCUUGGCCGCAUUACAAGAUGAGAACGCUGAAGGGAAUACCGUCGGAUUAAACUUGGUUACGGGCGAGCCCAUGGAUCCAGUUCAAGAAGGCGUCUACGACUCCUUCCGAGUCCUAAGGAAUUGUAUAGCUUCCAGUGCCGGCAUAGCUUCAAACUUGCUGCUUUGCGAUGAAUUGUUAAAGGCGAGACAGAUGAGUAAAUCACAGGGUCCAGGACCUGGCGACGGGGAGGGUUGA